GCCUUCUCUUUCUUACAGAUCACACUCUCUCUCUAACAACCUCUGGAUUUUAAAAUUCUCUUUGUCUCUCCAAAUUCUUUUAUUGAUUCUCAAAAAAAAAAAAAAAACUGAAAACACUCAGUUUGGAUAGCAUUUUAAUUGAGCAAGAAUAUUUGCGAGUGAGAAGAUGUUUGGGACUGAGCUGUGUUCUUCUAGGAUUCUUUCACCUUUCAGAGAGGAAAGUGGUGAUGAAGAGCUGUCUGUGCUUCCUAGGCACACUAAAGUCGUUGUGACUGGAAAUAAUAGAACAAAGUCUGUGUUGGUUGGUUUACAAGGCGUGGUCAAGAAGGCUCUUGGUCUUGGUGGUUGGCAUUGGUUGGUUUUGAAAAAUGGAUCUGAAGUUAAGCUUCAAAGGAAUGCAUUGAGUGUGCUGGAACAUCCGACGGGAAAUGAAGUAGAUGAUGAUAACGAUUAUGAUACCAGCAGCGGCUCUGACAUUGGUGAACAUGAUUUCUAUAGAGGCAGCGGGUUCCAAAAAAUUAGCAAGCCAAGGGUUAGACCAACCAGGCCAUGGGUUCCAUCUGCACCUGCAAAGACAACAAGUGAGAGCAGUAACAGAGAUGUUCAAUCCAUUAUUCACAUGCCUGUGCUGACGGUGAACUUGGCAAGACUGGGAACUGAAUCAUUGCGGAGAUAUUGCAAGGAAUUCAAACUUCCGGGUGUCAACUCUCAGUCAUCAAGGGAACAGAUGCUUAAUGCUGCGCAAAUUCAUUUUCUUUCACAGCGACCAUUGGAUGAGAUGCAAGAGGUUGCAGAAUUCACCCGUGUGGCAAAGAGACUGAAAGAGAAGGACAAACCGUCUGAGUGAGAAAUCUGGAUGUACAAGGCCGUGUAUAAUAUAAUAACCCUAACCUUUAGUUCAGAUCCUAAUUAUAUAUUGGCAUGGAAAACCAUAUUCUUCCUCCCCUGAAUUCUAACCAUGUAAUGCCGGCAGAUCCCCUAGUUAGAUGUUUCGAAGUCUAUUAGUUAGAAUCACUUGCCUUAGUUAAAUUAUAUAUAUAAUGUGGAUUUGUGGAGCAGAGAUUGGAAACCAUGAUCACUGGUACUUGGAAUGGAUUAUGAUUUUGCAAA